ACGCAGAGACAACGAACUGGGAUACUUUACUCCCAUACGCUACUUUUUCUUAUAAUAGUAGUAAACAUGCUGCUACGAAAUUUAGCCCAUACGAACUAGUGUUCGGCAAGGUUCCCGAAUUUCCAAUGAAAUCAAAUCAAAAAAUUGAUCCAGUCUAUAAUUAUGACAAUUUUGCUUAUGAUAUGAAGUACAAAUUUCAAAAAAUUCGACAAAUUGCUAAAGAAAAUUUAAUAUCAGCAAAAGAGCAUGUAAAAGAAAAAGUAGAUAAAACGUCGAAACCUGUUACUUAUAAAAUAGGUGAUUUAGUGUUUGUCAAACAGCUGGCUCAUGGUAAAGGUGAAUCUUCUAAGUUAAGCCCAAAAUGGGACGGUCCGUUUGAGGUAGUAGACUUACCGACAUCAGUAAAUAUCAAAAUUCAGCAAGGAAAUCGUACUAAAAUAAUUCACAAAAAUUUAACUAAACCAUUUGUUCCUAAAUAAAGACAAUAAUUAUUGUCAUUUCACAUUUCUAGGUUUCCAUUCUUUUUGAGGGUUUUAUUACUCUUUCUGGCAUCCAAUCCAGUUUUGGCUUCACUAUAUGAAACAUCGUCAAUCAAGGAAAAUGUUAUUAUUGAAGAUUGCGGCUCAUUACACAUCCAUACGUCAGAUAUUCACCUAAUAACGAGAUUUCCUAUUUCAAAGUUUGCAGAUCAUACUAAUGACUUGGGACACAUGUUAGACGCUAUGAACUCUAUUUGUUUACAGAUAACAAGAUUUACGAAUACCUCUUAUUGUAUAUCAAUAACGUCUCAGAUGAAUUUUAUGUACAAAAAUCUUUUAUCCCAAAAUCAGUUACUUAAACAUUUAAAAUUUCACCGAUCGAAACGUGGUCUUUUCGAUGGCAUUGGAACAGCUUUCAAAUGGUUAAUCGGAACAUUAGAUGAGAACGAUGCUCAGGAUUUUAAUUCAAAAAUUUCUUUCUUGCAAAAUAAUACACAAAAAGUUAUUGAAAAAUUUAAUGCUCAAACAAUAAUCAUGAAAAAUGCUCUUUCAACACUGUAUUCUCACGAUAAAGAAAUUGCCUUACACCUUAAUAAUAUAAAAAACCAAACUUUAAAUCUGAAAAAUGAUGUUAACACUCUUAAAAAUUUACUUAAACAAGAGUUAGUUAAAGAACAACAAGUAAAAAUCCAAAUGCAUUUUAAUGAACUAUCUACUUCUGUAGUUAUUACAACCUUUCUAAUGAAAGAUCAGAUCGAUCAUAUUGCGGAUAUCCUGUUAUCCACAAGUGACAAUCGAAUUCACCCUUCAAUUUUAAAUCCUAAUGAUUUAGUCGAAGAAUUACGCAAUGCGCAUUUACCACUUUCAGAUGCCUCCACAACCAUUUACGCGUUAGAAAAUGAUAAUGCUUUUAAACUUCUGAAAUUGAUUACAAUGCAUGCUUAUAUUUUGGAUAGUUUUGUGCUAUUCAAAUUCGACUUACCACUGGUUAGCCGAGACAAUUUUGCUUUGCACAAAAUAUCAUCUAUUCCCGAAGUUUUAAAUUCUACGUCAUAUUUAGAGAUGAUAGUAGAUCAUAAAUUUAUAGGUGUUAACGAAUUUAAAUACAUUUUACUCACAAUGCAUGAAUUACAGACCUGUACGAUUCUUGAUAACUCAAUGUACUUGUGUGAAUACGAACACCCGAUUUAUAAAUCCCCAUCAAAUCCGAGUUGCGAAUAUCAAUUAUAUCUUGAUGGAAAUGCAAUGCUUUGUAAAAGAGCGGUAAUGAAACUUAAUCAUGAAAUUUGGAUCCCCUUAUUUAAGAAAAACGUUUGGGUUUAUGUAUUACCAAAUAUAACAAAUGUAUUUUUGAACUGUAAUAAGAGUAAAGAAAAAAUUACCCUAAAAAAUACUGGAAUUUUAAGAGUUAACAAAACUAUUGAGGGAAAUUGUAAAAUCAUAACAGAUCAAAUUGUAAUUCAAAUUUUCAAAGAAUAUCCUAUUGAUUUCAAUUUCACUAUGUUUCACACAGAUAAUGUAGAUAUGACCAAAGACACCCCAAAAUUAUUCCAUAAUCAAUCAGAAACUUUAAAUUUUACAGAAUAUGAUAUCAAAGUAUUAAAAGACUUGAAUUUUAACAAAGAUAUUGAAAAAGAAGUAAAUUCGUUAAAUAAAAUUGAUUAUAUUGAUUUCCACGAUAUUCACCAUUAUACAGUUAUUUACUGUGUGCUUGUAAUAGGAAUAAUUAUAGUUUCCUUCAUGUAUUACAAGAAAAAACAGAAAGAAAAAGUUUCAAAAUGUGCAUUACAAAAUGUAUCAAUCGCAACCCCUCAAAAUAUACAAAACCACAGUGCACAGAAUAUGUUGAAUGAACCUAUAUAUGGAUCUGUUUAAUUAAGUCACUAAAAUUUUAAAACAAAAAAAAAAAAAAAACAAGAACAAGCUAUAACUUUUUUCUCUUUUCUUAAUUAAAUUAGUAAAAAAAAAAAAAUAAUAAUCAUUAAUAAUAAUAAAUAUAUAAUCAUUUUUUCUGAUCAUUAGGAAAUGAUCUUUUUCACAAGGGGGAGGAAUGUUGUAAAGCAGUUAAAAUGCCACAAUAUUAAUAUGCACACUCUCUGCAGACGCUUAUGAAGCGAAAAAAUACACGCGCUGCAGAGAGUGUGCAUAAUCAGCAGAUCUGUCCAACAAAAGAAUGCCCUGUUGCUAAUGUAUAAUCAAGAAAUAAAGUUAGUUGUUUUUAGAAGUUAUUCCGGUGCAGUUCUCUCUCAUCGUCUUCUUCCUACCGAAGAACCGAAGUGCCACCCAAUAGUU